UUUUCGUUUUUUAUAUGUGAUUAUAAAAAUAAUAAUUUAAUAAUUAAGAAAAUAAAUAUUAUUGGUAUUUAAUAAUAUAGCAAAAAUGUUUUUGCUAACAACAAUUAAAUUAUUAUUAAUUCUAUUAAAUAUAUUACCACAUCGUUUUACAAAUAGAAAAGUAUUAUUUGUAAUAUAUAUGGCAACAUUAGUUACACAUGUAAUGAUGGACGAACCAAGAUUCGCUCAACCAAUACCAAAUGUUACAGUUGCUGUGGGUCGAGAUGCCAAUUUGCCUUGUGUUGUUGAACAUCUAGGAACAUAUAAGGUUGCAUGGAUUCAUAUUGAUAGACAAAUGAUUUUAACAAUACAUCGUCAUGUUAUAUCAAGGAUACCACGUUAUAGUAUAACAUAUGAUAAUGCAAAUACAUGGCUAUUGCAUGUAAAUCAAGUACAACAGGAGGAUCGAGGAUAUUAUAUGUGUCAAGUAAAUACAAAUCCAAUGAUUAGCACAGUUGGAUAUCUUCAAGUUGUUGUGCCACCAAAUAUUUUAGAUAUGGAAAGUACCCCAUCAUCAGUAGCUGUUAGAGAAAAUCUUAGUAUUAAUAUGACAUGUAGAGCAGAUGGUUUUCCAAAGCCAAGAAUUAUAUGGCGACGGGAAGAUGGUGAAGGAAUUGAUGUUGAUAAAAAGAAAAAAUCAAAAGUUCAAGUAUGGGAUGGUGAAGUUUUACCAUUAACUAAAGUUAGCCGUAAUGAAAUGGGAGCAUACCUUUGUAUAGCAACUAAUAGUGUACCGCCAUCUGUGUCCAAAAGGAUAAUCCUAGAUGUUGAAUUUUCACCAAUGAUUUGGGUACCAAAUCAACUAGUUGGAGCACCAGCUGGAACUGAUGUCACCAUUGAUUGUCAUACAGAAGCACAUCCAAAAGCUAUCAUUUAUUGGGUUUAUAAUUCAGUGAUGGUACUUCCUAGUAAAAAAUAUAAGACAGAGUAUACGGAAAAUUCUUACAGGGCGCAUAUGAAACUAACCAUAAGAAAUUUACAAUAUGGUGAUUUUGGUAACUAUCGAUGCAUUUCAAAAAAUUCACUUGGUGAAACUGAAGGAUCCAUUAGAGUUUAUGAAAUUCCAAUGCCAUCAUCUCCAUCAAAAGUAGUGCAUACAACAGAACCAAAAGAAAGUAAUUUUAUAACACCUAGAAAUGAAACACCACGUACAAUGCAACCAGAAGUUUUAUUUCCAAUACGAUCAGAGAGUCAUGGUACAUCAUCACAAAUAAAUGGUAAUGGUUUAGGUACUGCUGCUAGUGGUACACAAGAUCGUAAAGGUGGUACAGUACCACUUGGACAAAGUAUAUUAUAUACGGAUUAUCCACCAAAAGAAUAUGGUCGUAAUAGUGGUUCUUCUUCGAUAGGGUAUUGUAAUUCACCAAUUUUUAUUAGUAAUUUGAAUAGUUUUAUAAUUUUAUUAGUUUUAUUAAGAUUAACUGCUUCAAUAAGAUCAUAAAAUUUAAUAAAAUUCUAUAUAUAACAUAAUAAUAUAAAUAAUAUAAUAUUUAUUUAUAAUUAAAUUAAAAAAAAAAUCCUUUAAUAAAAUAACAAAAAAAAAUAUUUAUAUGAAAUUAUGGAUUAAA